AUAAUGUUUAAGGUCAGCGGCUGAGUAAAUCUUUCCAGUCGGGAAAAUGUCAGGCUCAUGUUGCCGUAAAUGGCUAAUGGCCGCGUGGUUAUUAUACACAGGACUUCCCCAAGCUAUGUCAGACUUAUUCCUUGUUGCCUCCACAUCACGAACCGUAGUCACCAAGGUCUUCAUCUUCAACCAAAAUUCCUUCUCUGUUGCCGCUAAAAUCAAAGGACUGAAACAAGACUCUUCCGCUCUACAAGCUGGAAAGGAAUGGGAUGUGUCAAUUUCGGCUAACAGCUUCGUGUCCAUACAACUCCCUUCAGAUAUGAAUAUGAACGCCACUGGUAUUUACGAUAACCACGCCAUCUCCGUCCAGUCAUAUUACGAGAUUUACCUAUUGAUGCAGAGUCAGACAUCAUCUGUCGGUAAUCUGAUCAGGCCACAACAUAUUUUGCUGUUCGGUCUAGUCUUCUAUCCUAUAACGCCGAAAUGCGUUAACUAUAACGUCCUACAUUUCAUGGCAAAAUAUACUACAACCAUUGACGUAGUAUUCCCUCAAGCAAACCAAACACAUUGUUUGUUACGUUUGAAGGUACUAGUUAUUACGGAGGAGAAACCCUCGUCCUGGAACUCCUUGGAUAUGCCACAGCUAUGGUAGAGAGCAUUGAAGACCUGACUGGAACCAUUGUCAGAGCAAACGCACCCAUAGGUAUGUUCUCCGGGUGUGACUACAACGCUACACAAAACAUACAUGACUACCGGUCAGACUGGGUUCUGGGACAGAAAGAUAUGGGUCGACAGUAUGUAAUCAUGGCACAUGAAGUCCCCAGCUUUUCGUACGAGAAGUAUGUAAUUGUUUCGGCGACAGAUAACACUACUGUCAUCAUCUACUCACAUGAUAAUUGCGAUGAAGUGCUUUUAGAACACAGCGGCGACAGUCACGUCGUAAGCUUGUCGUCCAUCAAUGAGGUCGUGGUGGCCGACAAGCUCAUCGUUGUGGUUCAUUUACCAUACAACAUGGCGGGAUACCAUAACAUGUAUUAUGUCAUUCCUGUUUCACUCUUUAAUACAGAAUAUGCAGCGCCAUCAUUCAAUGGUUUUCAAUUCAAAGUAAAAAUGACUUUCAAUAAUGAAAGUGAGAACUUUUUUGUGUUAGACGGACAAGGAGUUACAAUCGAAGUUCGUGAUCAUCAUCUCACUGAUUUCAUUGCUGUCGGAAUCAUAAAUGACGGCUUCUCUACAAACUCGAUCCAACAUUUAAAAACAGAUGACGGAUAUACCUUCGGUGGAUAUAUGUGGAGUGUAGAUAUUAAUGAAAGACUUUUUAUCACAUCUCUCGGCAGGAAAACAACAAGGCAAUUUACGAUUUGUGGACAGGAUGAACAUCCACUAUCAAAUGGAUGCGUAGAACCAUUCACAGUUUGUCAAGAAAGUUCAACGACUUCCCCGCAAUCACCAAACUCGACGCCCAUGUCUCCCCCUCCCAAUACGACGAACGUCAUCCAGUUAACAGGUAAGCCUGGCGGUCAUACGAAUAUGGUAACCGUGCCACAACCUUCGAAUUUGCCCAUCUCGACUAUAAAUACGACCAAUACUUCGCAAACAACGCCAAUGACAACUCACGCACAUCAUCAGGCAAAUCAGACAUUAACAACUCAAAAUACCGUGAACACUUCGGAUUCAACAACAAAACCGACAAUGCUGACUUCAAAUACUGCCAGCACCACGCCAUCGGCACCGAAUCAGACGACCCCAAUUUCAAAUACCGCCAGCACCACACCAUUGGCAACCAAUCAGACAAACCCAAUUUCAAAUACCGCCAGCACCACACCAUUGGCAACCAAUCAGACAAACCCAAUUUCAAAUACCGCUAGCACCACACCAUCGGCAACCAAUCAGAUCACCCCAAUUCUAAAUACCACCAGCACCCCGCAAUCGACUUCGAAUCCGACCACUCCGACAGUAAACAAAACUGCCACACCUCCUACGGCACCCAAUGUGAACGUCCCGCAUCCAACAAAUACCACCAGCAUUCCCCAACUCACACAGAUGAAAACCACUGCACAACAACCAAACCCGAUCACCACACAUCAAGAGACAACCAUAUCCUCCCCAGAAUCGACAACAACAACAACUGCUGGGACAACAACAACACAAUCAGUGUGUCCUCCGUCUGCGGUACGGUACAACCACCAAGGGAAGGUUAUCUGUUACUGGGCAAUGGACGAAGCUACCCUCACAGGGAAACAGCAGCUGGCCUCCGAUUUCUGUACACAUAGUGGAGGUCAUUUACCCAUCAUACCUGAUGCAGGUGCCAACGCGGUUGUGAAAGAUCUUAUAUCGGGCAGGUUCCUAAAUUUCUUUUUGAACUAUAAAGUACAUAAUAGUAGUCGACAAUUGAAAACAUCUUUCGGAGAUAUCCAGGAUUGGGCAAAUGGUUUAAACACAACACAAUCUAGUCACAGGUGUGUGUUGAUAGACGGAACAGGUACCUGGGCAACUUCCCUUUGUGACACAUCCGCAGAUAAUGGUGUCAUCUGUUCAAAGUGUGAAGUGGGAGACUCAAGUUGCUAUGCCGGCAACCCAUACUGCAGCCCUUGUUCCUGUUCCAACUACAUCAUCAAUACAAUAAAUAUUACAAAGGAGUUACAAGAAAAUCUGGACAGUUUGAAGAAGAAAACGUCAGUUAAUAGGAGGGCGCUGUCGUCGUCAAGGCGCCGUAUCACGUGUGCCGAAGAUUCCCGCAAAUCAUCCGCUGCCAUGGGUUACAUGGGCGCCUCUCUACUCACUGUGGUUUUUGGUGGCCUUUUCUUACUAGACAUACCAUUGUUGUUUCUGGAAUUCAAAACCCACAUAUUGGGCCUUUGUCAUGGGUAGCAAU